AUGGGUGAGAUCAAGGCGAUUGGCGAGGUGGGCGGAGGCCAAUUGGGCUCGGGAAUCGCCCAGCUCGGCGCCAUGCACGGCUUGGUCGUGUGGCUUGUUGACUCGGACCCAGAUGCCGUGGUUAGAGCCACCAAAUCUAUCUCCAGUUCUAUCCAAAGAUUCGUCUCCAAAGGCCAGCUUUCUCAGACGGCGGGAACUGAUGCUCUGAGACUUCUAAGUUGUACUUCAAAUUUGGAAGACCUUCGUUCAGUAAGUAGAGCUAUUGUGGAAUCUGAAGAUGUAAAGAAGCACCUCUUUCUUGAGCUAGAUAAGAUUACUAAACCUUCUGCCAGUUUGGCAUCACAAGUUCUAUAUCUAUUACCUAAAUAG